AGAACAUGCCUCUCGCAAAGGAUCUUCAUCCCUCUCCAGAAGAGGAGAAGAGGAAACACAAGAAGAAGCGCCUGGUGCAGAGCCCCAAUUCCUAUUUCAUGGAUGUAAAAUGCCCAGGAUGCUAUAAAAUCACCACCGUCUUUAGCCAUGCACAAACAGUAGUUUUGUGUGUUGGCUGCUCUACUGUCCUCUGCCAGCCUACAGGAGGAAAAGCAAGGCUUACAGAAGGAUGCUCUUUCAGACGGAAGCAGCACUAAAAGCACCCUGUAUCAAG